CCGACGCAGCCAGCAGUUAACGGAACUACAGGCGCUCUCCUCACGGACUGCAGGCGCUGCGGGGACGAAGAUGUCAGUGAAAGCGAAGAGAACAAUAAGUGUAAAGAAUGAGUCCAAGAAGUGCGCGGCGCGCUUUUGGAGGUUCGUUCCGCACCUUUUGCUGUGCUCCUCUUUGGUGGCAUACGCAGCGCUGGGUGCGCUUAUUUUCCAACACAUCGAGGGACACACACCGUCCGCUGUCCAGGAGGAGUACCACAAGUUUCUGUGCCAAAUGGUAGAGACCGUACAAAACCUCACCGCUAAUAGCACCGCCACUGAACAAAUAGUGGAGGGAGUGACGGAGAAAAUGCAGAACGAGUUCCAGUCCAUAUGGUUCCAGAGACCUGAUAGAUGGGAUUUUUUCGGCUCUAUGUUCUUCUGUUGCACUGUUUUCACAACUGUUGGUUAUGGGGAGAUCUAUCCCGUCACCCUGCCUGGUAAGGUGGCGUGUGUCUUCUAUGCCAUGGUGGGCAUCCCUCUUAUGCUUCUGGUCAUCCUCGAUGUUGGAGACUUCCUUGCUAUGGUGAUGUCUAGAGCCUACAUCCAUGCUCACACCCUUUCCAAAAACCUCUUCUCCCGCACCUGGUCUCCAUGGAAGACUGAGGAGAGAGACUCGAGCCGCCAGGUCCUGGAGGAUGGUACUUUUGUCUUCAGCCGUGACGUUGUGAUCCGCGAGCCCCUCGACAUCCGACAGGUGCUCCGCAGCCAGGCAGAUGUACGGCACAAGUCCAUCCAGCUUCAAAACAACAAAGAGAUUUUUGAAAAGAUUCUUGCCAGAGAGAAUUUACUGAGGGAGGGUCCACUGCUCAGGACGCUGUCCUGCCCAGAGCUCGAUCGUCUGCCACCACCACCCAAAGGAUAUGCCUUGUGGGAUUUCACAGGAUUAGGAGAUGAAAUGGAAACACUGAAUGUCCCCUUCGUGCUCAUUCUUUUCAUCGUCUUUGCCUACAUUUGCUUUGGCGGCUUGAUUCUGCCAAUAUGGGAAACUGAUUUUAAAGACUUUGAUCCCUAUUACUUUUGCUUCAUCACCCUCACUACCAUUGGUUUUGGUGAUAUUAUACCCAAGCACCCCAACUUCUUCAUGCUUACCUCGCUGUUCAUCAUUGUCGGCAUGGCUAUCAUGUCCAUGGCUUUUAAAUUGAGCCAAACACGAAUUGUAAGCUGUUACCGCCAAUGUGUCAAGUUCAUCAGCAGAGGAAACGUGGAAACCUUUAAGAACAGCGAAAAGGAUUAGGUCACCGAGAGAGUCUCUGCCUCACUCUUGGCUUUGAAACAGGCCCAUAUCAGGAGCCAGUAGGAGUUGCAUGCCUUUUUUCUUACAAGCAUGAGUAAAGGAAAAAGUUGCAUGUGCCCUUCACGAUUGCGCGCUGAAGGAGGUUUACAUUUUCACAGCUGUAAUAAUGAGGCUAAACAUUUGUUUCUACGUAGAGACAGUGAAUCACAAGUUUUCCAUGUUGUUGUGGUUGCCUUAUACAUCAGUUAGCUACACAUAAGUUAUUAAUGUGAUUGGGAUUUAGGGAAUUGGACUGCAGACUGGCUAAGCCACUCCAUGACCUUAAUCAGCUUCUUUUUUAGCCAUACCUUUGUUGCCUUAGUGGUAUGUUUCAGGUCAUUGUCCUGCUGGAAGACCCACCCAUCGUCAGUGUUCUGGCUGAGGGAACAGAGAUGCAUGUCAAACAUAUAAAAAGAAGAAUCACAACAACAGUUGUCACCUUCUCACCUGCCUUAUACACGUCUACAGUCUUGUCCGGAUGUCUUUUGGCAGAACCUCUUGCCCUUGUUGGUGGAGAGGUUGGAAUGAAAGAAAUUGCUAACCAUCGGCGAGGCUGUAGGUGCUCAAAUAUUUCACUCAGUAACAUGCAAAUCAAUUUAUUUAUUUAACUUUUAU